CCCGCCUCUCCCCAGCCAUGCCAGGCCCGGCCGCCGACGAGGGGAAGGUCCCCUUCCGCACCGCCAAGGAGGAAAUCCGUGUGGGCUUGGGGGUCGAGGGCUCGGAGGGCGGCGGCGGCGGCCGGGAGAAGCCCGGCGCGCGCGGGCGGCGGCAGGACAUCGCCUGGAGGAACGUCUUCCUGCUGAGCCUGCUCCACUUGGGGGCCGUGUACUCCCUGGCGCUCAUCCCCAAAGCCCAGCCGCUCACUCUGCUCUGGGCAGCAUAUGGGAUCGUAAUUCACCCACCAGGAAUGGAACUGGCCCCCGCUGCUUUGGAAGCACAGAGUCUUAACCACUGGACCACCAGGGAAGUCCCAACCUUGAUAUUAUCUAAUCCACAGUGGAUAGCCGAAUGUCAUCAGUUCUUAGACAGGUAAAACCUUCCAAGAUUGAACCAGGAAGAAAUAGAAAAUAUGAACAGACCAAUCACAAGUAAUGAAAUUGAAACUGUGAUAAAAAAUCUUCCAACAAACAAAAGUCUAGGACCAGAUGGCUUCACAGGUGAAUUCUAUCAAAUUUUAGAAAAGAGCUAACACCAAUCCUUCUCAAACUCUUCCAAAAAAUUGCGGAGGAAGGAACACUCCCAAACUCAUUCUAUGAGGCCACCAUCACCCUGAUACCAAAACCAGACAAAGACACUACAAAAAAAGAAAAUUACAGACCAAUAUCACUGAUGAAUAUAGAUGCAAAAACCCUCAACAAAAUACUAGCAAACAGAAUCCAACAACACAUUAAAAGGAUCACACACCAUGAUCAAGUGGGAUUUAUCCCAGGGAUGCAAGGAUUCUUCAAUCUAUGCAAAUCAAUCAAUGUGAUACACCAUAUUAACAAAUUGAAUAAAAACCACAUGAUCAUCUCAAUAGAUGCAGAAAAAGCCUUUGACAAAAUUCAAUACCCAUUUAUGAUAAAAACUCUCCAGAAAGUGGGCAUAGAGGCAACCUACCUCAACAUAAUAAAGGCCAUAUAUGACAAACCCACAGCAAACAUCAUUCUCAAUGGUGAAAAACUGAAAGCAUAUCCUCUAUGAUGAGGAACAAGACAAGGAUGUCCACUCUCACCACUAUUAUUCAACACAGUUUUGGAAGUCCUAGCCACGGCAAUCAGAGAGGAAGAAGAAAUAAAAGGAAUACAAAUUGGAAAAGAAGAUAUAAAACUGUCACUGGGGCUUCCCUGGUGGCACAGUGGUUGAGAAUCUGCCUGUUAAUGCAGGGGACACGGGUUCGAGCCCUGGUCUGGGAAGAUCCCACAUGCCGCGGAGCAACUAGGCCCAUGAGCCACAACAACUGAGCCUGCGCGUCUGGAGCUUGUGCUCCGCAACAAGAGAGGCCGCGAUAGUGAGAGGCCCGCACGCCGCAAUGAAGAGUGGCCCCCGCUUGCCACAACUAAAGAAAGCCCUCGCACAGAAACGAAGACCCAACACAGCCAAAAAUAAAUAAAUUAAAAAAAAAAAAACCGUCACUGUUGCAGAUUACAUGAUACUAUACAUAGAGAAUCCUAAAGAUGCCACCAGAAAACUACUACAGCUAAUUAAUGAAUUUGGUAAAGUUGCAGGAUACAAAAUUAAUGCACAGAAAUCUCUUGCAUUCUAUAGACUAAUGAUGAAAAAUCUGAAAGAGAAAUUAAGGCAACACUCUCAUUUACCACUGAAACAAAAAUAAUAAAAUACCUAGGAAUAAACCUACCUAGGGAGACAGAAGACCUGUAUGCAGAAAACUAUAAGACACUGAUGAAAGAAAUUAAAGAUGAUACCAACAGAUAGAGAGACAUACCAUGUUCUUGGAUUGGAAGAAUCAAUAUUGUGAAAAUGACUAUACUCCCCAAAGCAAUCUACAGAUUCAAUGCAAUCCCUAUCAAAUUACCAAUGGCAUUUUUUACGGAACUAGAACAAAAGUCUUAAAAUUUCUACGGAAACACAAAAGACCCUGAAUAGCCAAAGCAGUCUUGAGGGAAAAAAAUGGAGCUGGAAGAAUCAGACUCCUUGACGUCAGACUAUACUACAAAGCUACAGUAAUCAAAACAAUAUGGUACUGGCACAAAAACAGAAACAUAGAUCAAUGGAACAAGACAGAAAGCCCAGAGAUAAACCCACGCACCUAUGGUCAACUAAUCUGUGAUAAAGGAGGCAAGGAUAUACAAUGGAGAAAAGACAGCCUCUUCAAUAAGUGGUGCUGGGAAAACUGGACAGCUACAUGUAAAAGAAUGAAAUUAGAAUACUCCCUAACACCAUACACAAAAAUAAACUCAAAAUGGAUUAGAGACCUAAAUGUAAGACUGGACACUAUAAUAAAACUCUUAGAGGAAAACAUAGGAAGAACACUCUUUGACAUAAAUCACAGCAAGAUCUUUUUUCUAACCACCUCCUAGGGUAAUGGAAAUAAAAACAAAAAUAAACAAAUGGGACCUAAUGAAACUUCAAAGCUUUUGCACAGCAAAGGAAACCAUAAACAAGAGAAAAAGACAACCCUCAGAAUGGGAGAAAAUAUUUGCAAACGAAUCAACGGACAAAGGAUUAAUCUCCAAAAUAUAUAAACAGCUCAUGCAGCUCAAUAUUAAAAAAACAAACAACCCAAUCCAAAAAUGGGCAGAAGACCUAAACAGACAUUUCUCCAUAGAAGACAUACAGAUGGCCUAGAAGCACAUGAAAAGUUGCUCAACAUCACUAAUUAUUAGAGAAAUGCAAAUCAAAACUACAAUGAGGUAUCACCUCACACCAGUUAGAAUGGGCAUCAUCAGAAAAUCUACAAACAACAAAUGCUGGAGAGGGUGUGGAGAAAGGGGAACCCUCUUGCAACUGUUGGUGGGAAUGUAAAUUGAUACAGCCACUAUGGAGAACAGUAUGGAGGUUCCUUAAAAACUAAAAAUAGGACUACCAUAUGAUCCAGCAAUCCCACUACUGGGCAUGUACCCUGAGAAAACCAUAAUUCAAAAAGACACAUGCACCCCAGUGUUCAUUGCAGCACUGUUUACAACAGCCAGGUCAUGGAAGCAACCUAAAUGCCCAUCGACAGACGAAUGGAUAAAGAAGAUGUGGUACAUAUAUACAAUGGAAUAUUACUCAGCCAUAAAAGGGAACGAAAUUGGGUCAUUUGUUGAGAUGUGGAUGGAUCUAGUGACUGCCAUACAAUGAAGUCAGAAAGAGGAAAACAAAUAUCAUAUAUUAACGCAUAUAUGUGGAACCUAGAAAAUGGUACAGAUGAACCAGUUUGCAGGGCAGAAAUUGAGACACAGACGUAGACAACAAACAUAUGGACAGCAAGGGGGGAA